AUGGCAAGCCCAAGGACCAGAAGAGUUUUGAAGGAAGUGAGAACCCAGGAGGAAAACAACGUGAGUAGCUAGCUAGCUAACGUUAGCUAACGACGUUAGCUUGCUGUUUGAGCAGUAACGUAGUUAGCUGGCUUAGUCACGACUUGAUUGCCCAACGGGCCAAGGCUAAACUAGCAAAGGUUUUAAAUGGACACUGAAAUUAAGACCUUUAGGCUGAACAAUCUCUGUUGAAAUAUUCAAUGUGAUAGUGUCCACAGGCGUGUUUUCAAUAUCGACAUCAAAUAGUGAGCCAACAUUUCCCCCUCUCUCUUUUCUCAGCUUUGCUUUGAAUGUGGGGGCUUCAACCCUCAGUGGGUGAGUGUGACCUAUGGGAUCUGGAUUUGUCUGGAGUGUUCUGGCAAACACAGAGGCUUGGGAGUACACCUUAGGCGAGUAACUUCUAUGUUCCAAAAGGCCGAUUUUUCUGAUUGUGUUGGGAUUUAUGCUUGCCUGCAGAGGCUUGUUUGUGCAUGAAUGUCACAAUCCUCCACUGUUGAAUCUCUUAUCCUGAAUAAGUAAUUGUUCAAGCCUUCAGCCAUGCCCUUCUAAGAUGAUGAUUACCAGUUAUAUUCUUUGUUAACCCACCAUACCCACCAAGUCAUCCACAUUUCUUCUUUCCUGUCAAGUUGGUUUGGAAGUAUUGAUCCCCUAAUGUGAUCUCUGUACUGUAGUUUUGUGCGCUCUGUUACCAUGGACAAGUGGAAGGACAUUGAGCUGGAGAAGAUGAAGGCGGGAGGGAAUGGAAAGUUCCGUAUGUUUCUGGAACUCCAAGAUGAUUACGAUGCCACCUGGACCAUGCAGGACAAAUAUAACAGCAGACCUGCUGCACUUUUCAGAGACAAGGUAAGGAAUCCUCCCUUUUGAGUCAUUAUUUUAAUGGUCAUGCACAUAAUAAUGUUGCUGGGGACACUCCAAAUCAAAUUUCUGAAUUGCCAAUGCUAAUAUCAGACAGUACAUCAAUAAUGGGCUCACUCACUGAAAUGCAUGCCUCUUUAUUCCAUUGACAGGUUGCAACCAUUGCAGAGGGGAAGGAGUGGUCUAUUGAAACUUCCUCUGCCAAGGACUGGACUCCACCUCAGGCUAAGACCGGACUUUCGUCGUCUCAUCGGUAAGGGUGAAAAGAGUGUUAUUUUAUAUAGCUAAAGUAUUCAAUUACUUGAAUAUUUCCAAAGUACUCAUUUCCAAUAUUAACACAUCUCAUAAUAAUCUGUGAUUGUUUUUCCAUUGUAGCUCAGGGGGCCUGGGCCAGAACUCGGGAAAACCUUCAGACAAGGUGUUUGAGGACUGGUUGAGUGAUGAUGUGAACUCUUAUCAGAGGUGAGACCAUUGUAUCCAUGAAUCGCUUGUCUCUGAGGCAGAUGUUGAUUCCAUUGCUUCCCACAGUUGUGUCAAGUUGGCUGGAUGCCCUUUGGGUGGUGGACCAUUCUUGAUACACACAGGAAACUGUUGAACAUGAAAAACCCAGCACCGUUGCAGGUCUUCACACAAACUGGUGCUCCUGGCACCUACUACCAUACCCCAUUCAAAGUCACUUAAAUAUUUUGUCUUGUCCAUUCACACUUUGAAUGGCACACAUACACAAUCCAUGUAUCAAGGCUUAAAAAUCCUUCUUUAAUCUCUAAGUAUUCAGACCCCUUGACCUAUUCCACAUUUUGUUACGUUACAGCCUUAUUGUAAAAAUGAUUAAAUUAUCCCCCCCCCCCCCCCCAUCAAUCUACAGACAAUACCCCAUAAUGAUGAAGUGAAAACAGGUUUUUAGAAAUUUUAGCAAAUUUAUAAAAAAAAAAAACGGAAACAUCUUAUUUACAUAGGCAUUCAGACCCUUUGCUAUGAGACGCAAAAUUGAGCUCACGUGCAUCCUGUUUCCAUUGAUCAUCCUUGAGAUUUUUCUACAACUUGAUUGGAGUCCACCUGUGGUAAAUUCAAUUGAUUGGACAUGAUUUGGAAAGGAACACACCUGUCUAUAUAAGGUCCCACAGUUCACAGUGCAUGUCAGAGCAAAAACCAAGCCAUGAAGUCGAAGGAAUUGUCCAUAGAGCUCCGAGACAAGAUUGUGUCGAGGCACAGAUCUGGGGAAGGGUACCAAAACAUUUCUGCAGCAUUGAUGGUCCCCAAGAACACAGUGGCCUACGUCAUUCUAAAUGGAAGAAGUUUGGAACCACCAAGACUCUUCCUAGAGCUGGCCGCCCGGCCAAACUGAGCAACCGGGGGAGAAGGGCGUUGGUCAGAGAGGUGACCAAGAACCCGAUGGUCACUCUGACAGAGCUCCAGAGUUUCUCUGUGGAGAUGGGAGAACCUUCCAGAAUGGAAGCCACUCCUCAGUAAAAGGCACAUGACAGCCCACUUGGAGUUUGCCAAAAGGCACCUAAAGGACUCUCAGACCAUGAGAAACAAGAUUCUCUGGUCUGAUGAAACCAAGAUUGAACUCUUUGGCCUGAAUGCCAAGCGUCACGUCUGGAGGAAACCUGGCACCUUCCAGGUGAAGCAUGGUGGUGGCAGCAUCAUGCUGUGGGGAUGUUUUUCAGCGGCAGAGACUGGCGCUGAAAAUCGAGGGAGAUCGAGGGAAAGAUGAAUGGCGCAAAGUACAGAGAGAUCCUUGAUAAAAACCUGCUCCAGAGUGCUCAGAACCUCAGACUGUGGCGAAGGUUCACCUUCCAACAGGGCAAUGACCCUAAGCACACAGCCAAGACAAUGCAGGAGUGGCUUCGGGACAAGUGUCUGAAUGUCCUGAGUGGCCCAGCCAGAGCAUGGACUUGAACCUGAGCGAACAUCUCUGGGGAGACCUAAAAAUAGCUGUGCAGCGACGCUCCCUAUCCAACCUGACGGAGCUUGAGAGGAUCUGCAGAGAAGAAUGAGGAAAACUAGAGGCUGUAAUCGCUGCCAAAGGUGCUUCAACAAAGUACUGAGUAAAGGGUCUGAAUACUUAUGUAAAUGUGAUUUUUCAGUUUAUUUUUAAUACAUUUGCAAAACAUUUUAAAAACCUGUUUUUGCUUAGUCGUUAUGGGGUAUUGUAUGUAGAUUGAUGAGGGGAAAAAACAAUUUAAUCAAUUUUAGAAUAAGGCUGUAACUUAACAAAACAUGGAAAAAGUCAAGGGGUCUGAAUACUUUCCGACUGCACUGUAUUCAUAUUGUAUGCAGAAAGCACAGGGUCUAAAUCCAAAAGUAAGAUGGCACAGAGCACAUUUUACUAUUGUUUAAAGAUCACUUGAAUCAGAUUUUGUCUUAUAUACACUGCUCAAAAAAAUUAAGGGAACACUUAAACAACACAAUGUAACUCCAAGUCAAUCACACUUCUGUGAAAUCAAACUGUCCACUUAGGAAGCAACACUGAUUGACAAUACAUUUCACAUGCUGUUGUGCAAAUGGAAUAGACAACAGGUGGAAAUUAUAGGCCAUUAGUAAGACACCCCCAAUAAAGAAGUGGUUCUGCAGGUGGUGACCACAGACCACUUCUCAGUUCCUAUGCUUCCUGGCUGAUGUUUUGGUUACUUUUGAAUGCUGGCGGUGCUUUCACUCUAGUGGUAGCAUGAAACGGAGUCGACAACCCACACAAGUGGCUCAGGUAGUGCAGCUCAUCCAGGAUGGCACAUCAAUGCGAGCUGUGGCAAGAAGGUUUGCUGUGUCUGUCAGCGUAGUGUCCAGAGCAUGGAGGCGCUACCAGGAGACAGGCCAGUACAUCAGGAGACGUGGAGGAGGCCGUAGGAGGGCAACAACCCAGCAGCAGGACUGCUACCUCCGCCUUUGUGCAAGGAGGAGCAGGAGGAGCACUGCCAGAGCCCUGCAAAAUGACCUCCAGCAGGCCACAAAUGUGCAUGUGUCUAAUCAAACGGUCAGAAACAGACUCCAUGAGUGUGGUAUGAGGGCCCGACGUCCACAGGUGGGGGUUGUGCUUACAGCCCAACACCGUGCAGGACAUUUGGCAUUUGCUAGAGAACACCAAGAUUGGCAAAUUCGCCACUGGCGCCCUGUGCUCUUCACAGAUGAAAGCAGGUUCACACUGAGCACAUGUGACAGACGUGACAGAGUCUGGAGACGUCGUGGAGAACGUUCUGCUGCCUGCAACAUCCUCCAGCAUGACCGGUUUGGCGGUGGGUCAGUCAUGGUUUGGGGUGGCAUUUCUUUGGGGGGCCGCACAGCCCUCCAUGUGCUCGCCAGAGGUAGCCUGACUGCCAUUAGGUACAGAGAUGAGAUCCUCAGACCCCUUGUGAGACCAUAUGCUGGUGCGGUUGGCCCUGGGUUCCUCCUAAUGCAAGACAAUGCUAGACCUCAUGUGGCUGGAGUGUGUCAGCAGUUCCUGCAAGAGGAAGGCAUUGAUGCUAUGGACUGGCCCGCCCGUUCCCCAGACCUGAAUCCAAUUGAGCACAUCUGGGACAUCAUGUCUCGCUCCAUCCACCAACGCCACGUUGCACCACAGACUGUCCAGGAGUUGGCGGAUGCUUUAGUCCAGGUCUGGGAGGAGAUCCCUCAGGAGACCAUCCGCCACCUCAUCAGGAGCAUGCCCAGGCGUUGUAGGGAGGUCAUACAGGCACGUGGAGGCCACACACACUACUGAGCCUCAUUUUGACUUGUUUUAAGAACAUUACAUCAAAGUUGGAUCAGCCUGUAGUGUGGUUUUCCACUUUAAUUUUGAGGGUGACUCCAAAUCCAGACCUCCAUGGGUUGAUACAUUUGAUUUCCAUUGAUAAUUUGUGUGAUUUUGUUGUCAGCACAUUCAACUAUGUAAAGAAAAAAAGUAUUUAAUAAGAUUAUUUCAUUCAUUCAGAUCUAGGAUGUGUUGUUUAAGUGUUCCCUUUAUUUUUUUGAGCAGUGUAUAUUCACCCCCCUUGGCAUUUUUCCUAUUUUGUUGCCUUACAACCUGAAAUUAAAAUUGUAUCAUUUGAUUUUGGCAGCGAUUACAGCCUCUAGGCUUUAUUGACUUAGGUGGGGGUGAAUAGUUAUGCACGCUCAAGUUCUGUUUUGUUGUCUUUGUUGUUUGUUUCACAAAACAUUUUUUUUUUUUGCAUCUUCAAAGUUGUAGGCAUGUUGUGUAAAUCAAAUGAUACAAACCCCCAAAAAAUCAAUUUUAAUUCCAGGUUGUAAUGCAACAAAAUAGGAAAAUCGCCAAGGGGGAUGAAUACUUUUGCAAGGCACUGUAUUCUUAACCGUAAUUAUAACUAACAACUUUCAAUACUUUUUCUGUAAAUGCUCAACCAAAAUAUAGCACAGGGUCUUAAUUCAAAAGUAAGAUACCACAAAGUACACAUUUUUACUUUUGCUUAAAGAUCAAUUUCAUCCAUAUUUUUCAUUUUUUCUUUCCUGCUGGGACCACCCAUACGCGUAUGAAUGUUUGUAAGUCACGUUACAUAAAAGCAUAUGCUAAAUGGCAUAUUAUAUAUUAUGUUUUUCUCACCUUAUGAAGACUUAUAAUUUAUGCAAACAUCCCAUUUCCCCUGUAGUGGUGGCGGUUAUAGUGGGAAUCAGGAGAACCGCUAUGUUGGCUUUGGGAAUACACCGACCCCAGAGAAGAAGGAGGAUGAUGUCCUGAACAACGCUCUAUCUUCCAUCUACUCGGUACGGCAGUAAUAUGGCACAGCAUCUGGGAAUCUGCAUAGCCCUGAAGUAAAGGGGGUUCCCAAAUGGCUCCCUAUAUUUGGGACACAGACAUGGAGUUUAAGGUAUCUGUCAUGGUGACUCGUGUGUGUCCAUUUGGGACGCAGACAUGGAGUUUAAGAUAUCGGCCAUGGUGACUCGUGUGACAUGUUUUGUUUUGUUUGAUAGGGCUGGAGCAAUUUCACAAUCGGAGCAAGCAAAAUUGCAGCAGUCGCCAAAGAUAAUGUAAGUAUUUCCAAGGAAAGCUGUUAUCCUGUCACAGAACUUAAUUUCACUGUUUAUUAAUAGCUUUUUCCCCACCUUUUCACUGAAACAGACUGCAAAACUUGCAACCUCAGCAACUCUAAAGGUAUGACUUUCUUUUAUUAAACAGUUAUUAAAUAGUACCUGAUUGCUUAGCACCACUUUUUGAAAACUUUUUUUACUAGCAUAAUUUUGCAACUUACUGUACAUGUGUAUGAAAAUGUAUGCACUCACUAACUGUAAGUCGCUCUGGAUAAGAGCGUCUGCUAAAUGACUUAAAUGUAAAUGUGCUUUAAAAACGUGUAUUUAGAUUAGACUAUUUACAUGGAUGUGUAGAUUUAACCUUACAAGUCUGAGAUGCCAUUUAAUAAAGUUGAUCAAGACGUGAUUAUGUAAAUCCCCUUUUGAUGAAUAAGGAAACCAUUAUUAUGCUCAUGCUCGCAUGACUCAAGUAAUAUAUAGGUUUCAAAGUUUAUUCGCCACGUGCACAGGAUAAAACAGUACAGUGAAAUUCUUACCUUCAGAGCUCUUUUCAACAAUGCAGUAAUGAUGCUAAGAAUAAUAAUAAUAAGAAGAAGAACUACGAUGAGAGUUAAAGAAACACGAGAAUGCAAGUGUAUAUGCAGGUCAGUGCCAGUACCUUAUUCAAUGUACAGGGGUACUGGAGUAGUUGAGGUGGGUUUAUACAUACAAAGUCACUGGUAGUAUGAAAUACAUGUAAACAGGGCUGAAAGGUGACUGGUAGCAGAAAGGUAUACAUUGAAUUUACAAAACAUUAGGAACACCUUCCUAAUAUUGAGUUGCACGUCGAAAGCGUUCCACAGGUAUGUUGGCCCAUGCUGACUCCAAUGCUUCCCACGGUUGUGUCAAGUUGACUGGAUGUCCUUUUGGUGGUGGACCAUUCUUGAUACACAGGAAACGGUUGAGCGUGAAAAACCCAGCAGCGUUGCAGUUCUUGACACAAACCGGUGCGCCCUAGCACCAACUACCAUACCCCGUUCAAAGGCACUUAAAUAUUUUGUCUUGCCCUCUGAAUGGCACACAUACACAAUCCAUGUCUCAAGGCUUAAAAAUCCUUCUUUAAUCUGUCUCCUCCCCUUCAUCUAGCUACAUUGAUUGAAGUGGAUUUAACAAGUGACAUCAAAUAAGGGAUCACAGCUUUUACCUGGUCAGUCUGUCAUUAAAAGAGCUGGUGUUCUUAAUGUUUUGUAAACUCUGUAUAAAUACUUAUGGUAAUAUACUAAUGGUAAUAUAUACUGUACAUGUAAACAAGAGUAAUAGAGACCAGUAGCAGGGUAAAUACUAAUGGCAAUGGAAAUCAAUAAUUAAUGGACGGCAGCGUAAAGGAGUAAUACAUCUAAUCAAUAAUCAUUUUAGUAGUAACAGUUGUCUGAGUGGGUGGAGACCCGUGGAUGGGCAUGUAGUCAGUGUGGAUAGUCAUGAUGAGCUGCUAAAGAUAAAUAGUUCUAGCCCCUUCUCUCAGGAAAUACCAAGCUAGGGUAAUUGAUUUGAGUGAUAAGACAUUUUCAUUUAUCAUAAUUCAACCAUAGCAAUGUAUUGGUUAAGAGGCUCAACCUCCUAAUUCCAUGUUAUGUACCCACAGAAAAAUUAUUAUUCUAGAACUUAAUUCUAAUUCUAUGGAUGCGCCACUGUAUGUGAUUCCCUCUGCAGCAGAAACAGCAGUGCAAAUGUUUAGCCUUUAGAUCUCAUGGAACAUAGAUUUUUUUUCUCACAGGUUUCCCUUUUAUUUUUGCUCAUAAAUGAACUGGACAUACAGUACCAGUCAAGUUUGGACACACCUACUCAUUCAAGGGCUUUUCUUAAUUUUUUACAUUUUUUUUUUACAUUGAAGAAUAAUUGUGAAGACAUCAAAACUAUGAAAUAACACAUGGAAUCAUGUAGUAACCAAAAAAGUGUUAAACAAAUCAAAUUAUAUAUUUUAUAUUUGAGAUUAUUCAAAUAGCCACCCUUUGCCUUGAUGACAGCUUUGUACACGCUUGGCAUUCUCUCAACCAGCUUCACCUGGAAUGCUUUUCCAACAGUCUUGAAGGAGUUCCCACAUAUGCUGAGCACUUGUUGGCUGCUUUUCCUUCACUUUGCCGUCCGACUCAUCCCAAACCAUCUCAAUUGGGUUGAGGUCAGGUGAUUGUGGAGGCCAGGUCAUCUGAUGCAGCACUCAUCACCCUCCUACUUGGUAAAAUAGCCCUUACACAGCCUGGAGGUGUGUUGGGUCAUUGUCCUGUUGAAAAACAAAUGAUAGUCCUACUAAGCCCAAACCAGAUGGGAUGGCGUAUCGCUGCAGAAUGCUGUGGUAGCCAUGCUUGUUAAGUGUGCCUUGAAUUCUAAAUAUGUCACCAGCAAAGCACUACACAUGCAGAGAUCAACCGUUCACCCAAACCGCGUCUCACAAAGGCACGGCGGUUUGAACCAAAAAUCUCAAAUUUGGACUCCAGACCAAAGGACACAUUUCCACCGGUCUAAUGUUCAUUGCUCGUGUUCCUUGGCCCAAGCAGGUCUCUUCUUCUUAUUGGUGUCCUUUUAGUAGUGUUUUCUUUUCAGCAAUUCGACCAUGAAGGCCUGAUUCACACAGUCCCCUCUGAACAGCUUAUGUUGAGAUGUGUCUGUUACUUGAACUCUGUGAAGCAUUUAUUUGGGCUGCAAUUUCUGAGGCUGGUAACUACUGAACUUAUCCUCUGCAGCAGAGGUAACUCUGGGUCUUCCAUUCCUGUGGCGGUCCUCAUGAGAGCCAGUUUCAUCAUAGUGCUUGAUGGUUUUUGCGACUGCACUUGAAGAAACCUUCAAUGUUCUUGAAAUGUUCUGUAUUGUGGCGCAGUGGUCUAAGGCACUGCAUUGCAGUGCUAACUGUGCCACUAGAGAUCCUGGUUCGAAUCCAGGCUCUGUCACCGCCGGCCGUGACCGGGAGACUCAUGGGCGGCGCACAAUUGGCCCAGCGUCGUCCAGGGUAGGGGAGGGAAUGGCCGGCAGGGAUGUAGCUCAGUUGAUAGAGCAUGGCGUUUGCAACGCCAGGGUUGUGGGUUCGAUUCCCACGGGGGGCCAGUAUAAAAAAAAUAUGUAUUCACUAACUGUAAGUCGCUCUGGAUAAGAGCGUCUGCUAAAUGACUAAAAUGUAAAUGUAUUGACUGACCUUCAUGUCUUAAAGUAAUGAUGGACUGUCGUUUCUCUUUGCUUAUUUGAGCUGUUCUUGCCAUAAUAUGGACUUGGUCUUUUACCAAAUAGGGCUAUCUUCUGUAUACCCCCCCUACCUUGUCACAACACAACUGAUUGGCUGAAACGCAUUAAGAAGGAAAGACAUUCCACAAAUUAAAUUUUAAGAAGGCACACCUGUUAAUUGAAAUACAUUCCAGGUGACUACCUCAUGAAGCUGGUUGAGAGAAUGCCAAGAGUGUGCAAAGCUGUUAAGGCAAAGGGUGGCUAUUUAAAGAAUCUCAAAUAUAAAAUAGAUACUUUUAGUUGUUUAACACUUAUUUGGUUACUACAAAUUCCAUAUGUGUUAUUUCAUAGUUUUGAUGUCUUCACUAUUAUUCUACAAUGUAAAAAUAAAGAAAAACCCUUGAAUGAGCAGGUGUGUCCAAACCUUUGACUGGUAGUGUAAAUAAUUGACCUUAUUCUGUGAACAUUACUGUAGUUUGAACUUUUUUCGCUUUUUUAACUUCCUCGCUUUCUCUGGACGUAGUUAAGGGGCUAUAAGCCGCCCCCUGAGCCGGUAAAAUCAAUAACAAAUGCAUGCUCUUUGUCCAUAUAAUACCUGCAUAUCUCAUUUACAAAUUGUUUUUAUGAAUGUAUUCAUUCCCACCCAAAGCUUGUUGGCUGGUCAUCGGUGUCCUGUGUGAAAAUGACCAAACCCAUUCCUGUGAAAUGGUGGAUACGUACAGUUAUCCAAACCAGUAGUGUUACUUUGAGCUUUUGCUUGGCUGCAGACAGAAAAACCUAUUGUCCUGUCUUGUUUUUUGGAUAUUGAUGGAUAAUCUUGGUCACUUUCACUUUAGUGGCUCAUUAAGACCAAAUGGUUGAGAACUAAUUUAAGGAGUAUGAACAUUCCUGUCAUUUACAAAGAAAGAAAUCUUGGCAUAAUAAUGAACAUGAUGACCACUUCUUUUCUACUCACCAACCAUAGGGUUAGCCAUCCAUGCAUGACCUUUCCAUUGCUCAGUUCACUUUGAGGGUCGGUCAGCCGUCCGUCUGCUGUGCUGACUGUGCUCGUUUAAUGUCCUAGUGAAUGGAAUGACAGUUCCCUCGCCUGCCUCAGCUGCCUGCUACUCAGAAACUCUGUCAGUGUCUUGCAUUGUCGAACUGUUCUGUUUGUUUAAUUCACACAUCUUCUCCCUGUCACUCCCAACUAGGCCACAGAGUUAGGACAGACAUUAAAUGAGAAUGUUAUCAAACCUACCCACGAAAAGGUAACAUUGUUUGAAGUUAAAGUUAAUAGGCUAAUAUGCUUCAUAGAAGCAGCUUAAAAUUAGAUGUGCAUUGUGUCCUUUGGAAUGUGUCUGCUCUAGUGACUGACUAUAGUGUGCACUGUGCAUGUGUAAUAGCUAAUUGCUUGAUGUAGAUAAAUUCCACAUAGCUUCUUAAAAUGGGUGUUUUCAAAUCUAUCUUGGCUGAGACUAACAGAAAUCACCUACUGUCUCCUUAUAAGUAGGCUAAUCACCACAUUUAUUAAUGUAACCGUUCACGAUCAGAAAUACUGCCUGAGAUAGCCUAGGUGGUGAUGUCUUGAUUUACACACCCACCUCUUGAUGCUGUAAGUUGUCUCAAUUUCCAUUAACGGUGAUUUGGCUUGUCCAGGUAAAAGAUGGCAAGUUGCUAGAUGACAUGUCUGUCGGCAUUGCUGGGCUGGCAUCCAAGGUAGGAGAAGGCAGACCUCUGCCACACUGCAAACCUACAACCAGUCUCCUAAGUAAGGGUCGUGGGAAGCUAUGCAUUCAUUAGGAAUUAGCAAGGCAAAAUACGCAGGUGCUGUCAUCACAUUACUUACCUUGAAAAGGAGACUGGUUUCGGUGUGUUGAUGUACAUUUUGAAGAUAUUCAUGCAAUUUUGUCUCCCAUUUCUCUUGCUGCCAUUGUUAUUCUGGUGGUGAGUACUGUGUAGAUUGAACUGUACUUAUAUUAACCUUUGCUUAAGUCAGUAAUGAACUGUUGUGAUGAAUAGAGGUCAAUGAUUAGGUUAAAAGGUCAUAUUUUGACUGGAAUCUGAUAGACAUGAUUGUAAACUUGUUUUGGUGAGUGUUGCAGACUUAUCAACAUUUCAUGUCUAUCCAUGUUUUCUCGAUUUUGUUUGACAUGUGUGCCCUCUUCUCAGGUUCAGGAUGCUGGUGCAAAAGGCUGGAAAGAUAUGACUGACUUCUUUGCUGGAAAGCCAGAGGACGGGUAAAUCCAAAUUAUUAAAUUCAUCUGGAAUUUGGCAUAGUGUCAGUUGAGGGUCUUUAUUUCUGAGAUGACCGUCUCCCCUCUUUGUGAUGAACCCUCUCCCACAGGUCCGAAGGAGAGAGCUACCAGAACAUGGACGCCACUGAGGGUUACCAGGUCAACUCCUCAGGCCCAGAACUAGGCCAGGCCCCUGCGCAGGACUUCUGGAAGACCUUUGGCAGCACCAGCUCCUCCAAGCCCAAGAAGUCCCCCAGCAGCGACAGUUGGACCAACGUUGACAACUCUGCCACCGAGAAGAAGAGCUCCGACAACUGGGGCUCGGAGGCGGCAUCCAACAACAAACACAGCACUGGAGACCGUUGGGAGGCCUGGGACAACAACUGGGACAAUGCUGCUGUCGGAGAGGCCAAGGGCAAGAAAAGCCCCGCCCCCGCCAAACCUGCUGAGGAAACCUGGGACAAUGCAGACUGGUAGAGGCCUCACUCACAAUCCUCCCCAGCUCUAUUUCUCCCUUUUCCUCUAUUCCCUUCACCACUUUCUCUCUUUCCUUCCUUCUCACAGGCACUUUUACAGUUGCACAGUUCUGUCUCUAACCUGGGUUGAGUUCAAUGCCAGUUCAGUAUGUAUUUAUCGCUCAAUAAGAAUUAAUUGAAAUGGAAUUGAGCUCAACGCAUACUGAGUAUUCCUGAAUAUUUACAAACUUUAAAGGUUGCAGUCUAUUUAAUUUAGCUGGAUGUGUGUAAAUAAUAUUUUAUUUUAAUUAAUUACAGGAGUUAAAAAAUCUAAAUGUGUGCAGAGUCAUAAUCAUGUCAUAUUUAAAGUUGUCUCCAUAUUAGAAGGCAGGUUGCCAUCUUGGUUUUAUGAGUCUAUUGUCAGACAUUAAAUACAU